CGAAACAAAGGCACAAUGGCUCUUGGAUGAUUAUUCCUAGUCUAUUCCUGUCAUGUGAACGGCACGUUACAUUCACCUGCUGACGAAACCCUACCCUAAUCACCUGUAAGUGCUAGUCACAGAAUAUUUCUGUUUACAUACUAUUUAUUACCCACAUUCUACCUGUUGUACUUCCACAAUUCCAAAACUUUCACUUAAAUUGAAAGGAUUAGAAUUUGCUGUGCUUAGCGUGAUGUGAGUCGCAUCCAUAUUCAAAUGGAGUUACAGAAACAAUGCCAACAACUUGUAGGCCUCCUAGUAGGAAACUCACCUGCAAUUGAGGAGCUUGACUCCCAAGCUUCUGAUGCCAAAGAAGAAAAUGUCUUGAAACAACGCGAGGAUAGGACGUAUUGUCUAUGGAAGGAGUUUACAGAGUUUUUGCGAGUACUGUCGCUGACUGCUGUAAAAGAAAAGGGAGAUGAAAACAAAACGGCCUCAUUUGAUGUUUUGGAAAGUUUAACUACUUUGCGAAUUUUAGAAGAGAAGUUUUCAUCGUCGUCCUCGUCUUCUUCUGCUAAAUACUCAAAGGCAUACGUGGAGUCGCUAUUACAGAAACAAAACUUUUUUUGCGAAGAGAACCUGAGCGUAGAAGAAGAGAUAUUUGACCUUCAUAAGAAAAUCCAAGAGGAACGCGGCAUUUUGCAGGUGCUGGAGCCGGCAACCCAAGAAGUUGCUGCAAGUCUUCUACAGCAUUCUUCCAAAAGCGGGGUGUAUCGUGAUUUUAUGGAAAGUACCCAGCAAGAAUUGAGAACGGAAAAGGUUCGAUGGGAAGUCUUGCGCAAUGUUGUUCAAGUCCUGAUCUUGGAAUCUGGGUUGUCGUUUGCUGACGAUGAGCAACUAUUUUACAUAAUGGAAUUAUGUGGAGAACGAGAUAAUGAUUUUCCAAUCUAGACAAAAGAAGUUUUGAUCUAAAGCUAAUAGCCCUAGGUUGGUUUAAAAUAUUAGUUUUUAACAAUAAACUUUUUCAUUUACAUACGAGUCUAGAACAAGGAUAUACACAAAGGUAAAAUUAAGGAAUGAGAUCGUAACGGAUAAGGAAGAAAGGAAUGUAAUAAACAAGAUGCUAGGUGUAUCCUGACAAAAUUUGCGUAAG